AUGGCGCAACUGAAGCCGCUCUCGGAGAAGCUGCAAGAAAUCAUGGAGACCUGCGAGCCUCUGGAGAUCGAAGGCGUGAUGAGAGCUUUGGGGGUGGAGCAACGUGAACAACUGCUGGAUGUCUUGACGCGACUCAAGGAGGACCCGGCCAGCGGCGCAGCGGGAAGCGCCGCCGCAAGCUCUUCUGGGCGGCCAUGGAAGUUGCGCGCUGGACAGGUCGGCACUGGAGACUUCUUUCGAGGGAUGGCCGAGCAGUUCCGGGGCGCCGAGCAGAAGCAGUUGCGGGAAUUUGAUCAGCGCCUUGAUAGGGAGCUGAGUCGCGUGCGCUUGGCCUAUGCCGAAGCCAUGCAGAAGGAGAAGGAGGCUUUUCAGCAACAGUUGUGGCAACUGUCGAAAGAGUUCAUUUCAAAGGAGGAUGUCGGCGAAGCAGAUAAUGAGGCUCGUGACCCUCCAGAGAUCCUGGGAGAGGAGCAGCUGCAAAGCUUUCGCGAAGCGGCCGAGCUCAAUGUUCAGGUGGCUCAGCUCCUCUCGCAGCAGCGGAGCUAUUUGGAUCAGCCCAAGGUGCAGUACUGCAAGGCGCGCGGAUCUGCUCGCGUCGCGUCUCGCCUCGAGGCAACGGCGCUGAUCUUGAAAGAGUUGUUGAAACGCACCGAGAACUUGCAAGAGUACUGCCAUGAACGUCUUGGCGCCUUGAGCUGUGAAUUUGCGCCGAAGAACAUGGCGGGUCUUGAAUUUCCCUUGUCCAACGUUCGGCCAGCGGUGGAGACUGUGAAGCAGGUGAAACAGCAGCUUCGGUUCCAACACGACUGCCAAAGUUGCGUCGUGAAGUUGUGCUUGACAAAGGAACAGGUCAUGGAAAUGCAAGACGAUUACCUUAUGAUGGAUUACGAUUUGAAUCAAGAAGUCUCGUUGGUCUUGGUUGACAGUUUGGUGGCGAACCCUUUGGUGCGGCUCUUGUUCGAGGACGCUGAGAACAAGCUCUACGAGUCCGUCAGCGGACUGUCAGGUUCCGUGGAUCAUCCGGAAGAUGUGCAGUUCGUCAACACCAUGGGAAGGACUGGCGUCAACAUCACAAACCGUGGCUGUUUGAUCCUACCCAAGACUGUGCAGCUAGGGGAGGAGUGGACCAUCUCGGUGUGGACCCUGGCGCCCAUUGAUGUGGCCGACCACACCUACCGAGACCUGGUAGAUGCGCCCAACUCCCAAGAGCUCAUUGCCGUGAUCCUGGCACGUGGACGCUUGGGGAACUACAACAGCAACUCCUUCAUCGAAGGCUUUAGCGCGCGCGACCUGUCGCCUGGUUGGCACCACAUUUGCGUGGUGGCUUCUGGGCGUUGCACCACGUACUACGUGGACGGCUGUUCCCUGGGCGUCAAGCGUGGCCGUGCCCGCGGCACCAUUGGCGUGGUCGGCAACUCGCGCACCUGUCAUGAAGCAUGGGGCUACAUGUCGGACUUCGCCAUCUUCGGUGUCUCCGCGGAUGCCCAACAGGUCAAAGGUCUCUACGAAGCGGGAGCUCCCUUGACCUUGCGUUCCGAGACGGAGGAGACAUGGCAGGCAGCCAUCGCCAGGCAAAACGCGGAGUUUUCGGACAGCCUCAGCGAAUUCGGCUCCGGCUCCGAUUACUCGGACUUUCAGUGA